UUGAGCUAAUGUGACUUGAAGCUUCUGGUGUGUCAGUUGUCGAUGCGUUUGACAGUGUAGCCAGACCGAUUUUGCACGCAGAGUGAAGCCCCGUGUUAAGUGCAAAGUGAAUCUGACUGCGACUAGCACCUAGGAAAAUAUCAUUAUUCGAUAUUACUUUUCACUCAAAUUGUGAAAAUGCAAGCGGUGCAGGACCCUUUGAGAAUCGGUGUUGCCGCUGUGGAGAUCAACAAUAAUCAGCAACUGCAGACCGGCAAAGCCAGGGUGAAUCAGGAAUUGCACUUUCCAAUGAUAACAAAAUUACCGAAACCUCAAGUUCUUACUCUUCAAGAGCUCAUCGGUGAGCUGCAUCAAGCCUUCGCCACCGAUCUGGUGGACAUCGAUCAUGUCCAGGAACUGAUGGCUUCGUACAAAAGCAACCCUGCGGACUGGCGGAAAUAUGCUAAAUUCGACAGACACAGGUAUACAAGAAACUUGGUUGACGCAGGAAAUGGAAAAUUCAACCUCAUCGUCCUUUGUUGGGGCGAAGGACAUGGAUCCGCCAUUCACGACCACGCGGAUGCUCAUUGUGUGAUGAAAGUCCUUCAGGGCGAACUAGCCGAGGUAAGAUACGCCUGGCCGUACGAAAAGCAACUCGAUUGUAAUACCAAAGAACCAGCAGCUAUUUGCGAGAUAGAAAGAAACACAUUUGGCCCAAAUUCUAUCUGUUACAUUAACGACUCCCUUGGAUUGCAUCGUGUCGAAAAUCCCAGUACCGUAAAUCCUGCGGUUUCCCUCCACUUAUACUCACCACCGUUUACCACGUGUUCAGUGUUCAACAAGCAAACAGGACAGCGAACACCCUGCAAAGUAACCUUCUGGUCGAAAUUCGGAGAACGUCGCAACCGGGCAAUUCAAGAAGAGAGGGAUCCCGAGGAUAACUGAAAACAGUGCACUUUCCGUCAAAAAG